AUGGCUGCGCCACGUGGCAGUCUUGAGUAUCGGGUGGGAAUCCUAUAUUUUUUACUUUAUGCAUUUGGUGAUGCGGCUCCAGAUGUCACGAGACCAUGUCCUUGUUGCAAAUGCAUAAAUUCAUUGAGUCAUGAUCGUGAGACAGUACACGAACAUCUGAUGAUAAAUGGUAUCUUACAAGAUUAUCGCAUUUGGAAUUUUCAUGGAGAAAAACUAAUUGUACAAGAUCAUGAUAACAAAGAACUUCAUUAUUCAGUGCAACAAGUUUCUGAAGUAACUAGCCAUGAACCGAUGGUACAAGAAAUGUUGCAUGAUGCAUUUGGAAUUCAUGAAGGAUCUACAAGUAAUGAAAAUUACAUUGGAGCAUCAACAAGUCAUACACCGAUGGAGUCUAAUGUUAAAGAUUUCUAUCGACUAAUUGAGGAAGGGAAACAACAGCUAUAUACCGGAUGCACAGAGUUUUCUAAACUGUCAUUCCUUGUUGAGUUAUUUCAACUGAAAGUGAAUGGAAAAUGGAGUGAUAAGUCAUUUACAGCAUUGUUGGACUUCCUUCGUCGAGUACUUCCAUCUGAAGCUCAAGUGCCUAAGUCAUUUUAUGAAGCAAAGAAAUUAAUUUCUAGUUUAGGACUUCAUUAUGAAAAAAUACAUGCUUGUCCAAAUGAUUGCAUGAUUUAUUGGGGAGAAAAUGAGAAUGAACAGGCUUGCAAAGUGUGUAACCUUCCCAGAUGGAAAAAUUUGCAGAAAUCAUCAAGGAGAUCGUAUAAAGGUGGAAAAAAACGUCUCGAGGUUAAAAUUCCAGCCAAAGUCUUUUGGUAUUUUCCAUUGAAACCAAGAUUGCAACGGUUAUUCAUGUUAUCUAAGACGUCUGAAAAUAUGCAGUGGCAUUUCAAAAAACGUGUUUCAGAUGGAAAUCUAAGGCAUCCAGCUGAUUCUCGAGCAUGGAAGGAAUUUGAUGAACGUCAUUAUGAAUUUGCGUCUGAUCCUAGAAACGUACGCUUGGGACUCGCCGCUGAUGGGUUUAAUCCAUUUAAAAAUCAAAGCACUUCACAUAGUACUUGGCCUAUUGUCCUGAUGCCUUACAAUUUGCCGCCUUGGGAAUGCAUGAAGCCUUAUUCUAUUAUUUUAUCCACCCUUAUUCCAGGUCCAAAAGCACCUGGCAAUGAUAUUGAUGUAUAUUUGCGCCCCCUAUUGACUGAAUUGAAAGAUUUAUGGGAAAAUGGAAUUGCCACAUUUGAUGCUUGUGACAAAAAAAUGUUUCAACUGCGGGCUGCAUUACUUUGGACAGUUAGUGAUUUUCCUGGUUUGGGUUGUUUGUCUGGAUGGAAUACAUAUGCCAAGAAUGCAUGCCCAACUUGUGCUGAUAAUACAGAUGCAGUGUACCUAAAACAUGGCAAAAAGUGGUCAUUCAGAGGGCAUCGUCGUUUUCUACCACUAGAUUCAGAAAUGUGA